AGUGCAUUGUGGGCCGCGUAGUUCCGGUCGGGCCGCGGCGGGCGGCGGGCGGCGAGAGGCCGCGGUUGGCCUUGUGGGAGCUGUAGUUCGACGGGGGCCCCCCGCGGGUGAGCGGGGCCCCACCGGGAGGCCGCCCCCGCCAUGCCGGGCUUCACCUGCUGCGUGCCGGGCUGCUACAACAACUCGCACCGCGACAAGGCGCUGCACUUCUACACCUUCCCCAAGGACGAGGAGCUGCGACGGCUCUGGCUGAAGAACGUCUCCCGGGCGGGCGUCAGCGGCUGCUUCAGCACCUUCCAGCCCACCACGGGCCACCGCGUUUGCAGCGAGCACUUCCAGGGCGGCCGCAAGUCCUACCUAGUGCGGGUCCCCACCAUCUUCCCACUGCGCGGCGUCAACGAGCGGAAGGCACAGCGGGCCGCCCGCCGCCCCCGCCCCGCCGCCGCCGCCGCCCCCCCCGCCGCCGCGCCUGCCGCCACCGCCCCGCAGGCCGCCCCGCCCGCCGCCGCCGCCGCUGGAGAGGUCCCCGCGGCAGGCGCGAGUGAGGACGUGAAGCCCAUCGACCUGACGGUGCAAGUGGAGCUCGGGCCCGGGGCGAGCGGCGGGCCCGGCCCCGUGAGGCUGCCAGCGGCGGGGGAGGAGGGCCCGGCAGAGGGCGGCCCCCCCGACCACUCGUACUCGCUGUCGUCGGGCACCACGUCGGAGGAGCUGCUGAGGAAGCUGAACGAGCAGCGCGACAUCAUUGCGCUGCUGGAGGUGAAGAUGAAGGAGAUGAAGGGCAGCAUCCGCCGCCUGCGCCUGGCCGAGGCCCAGCUCCGGGAGGAGAUCCGCGAGAAGGACCGGCUGCUCCACGCCGCCAGCGCCGGAACACGCAAGCGUCACGGCCUCUGAGGGCCGCGGGGCCCGGCCCGGGGCUCUCCUGCCGCCCGGGCUGCGUUGGGGUGGGAUGCGGCCCCGCAGCUCUGGCUGCCCGGGCCCCCCAGCUCCCGUCGAAGCAGGCCCCGCGCCGUCAGCUUCCCCUGCCUGGACAGGGCAGCCUCUGACAGCUUGAUGCUGAGCCCCGUUACCCACCCGAUGUCACCCCAGAGCCAGACUGUGAGUGCUCGCCAGUGUCCCGUCUGCACCGGGCCCGUCAGCACCUUCUUUGUGCCAGCACUUCUUUUGGUGCGAUGGGACCCGUGUCACCACGGAGUGGACGCAGGGUAUCAGUUUUCAGCUAAUAAACUCGCUCUAUGCUAAGUGAGGUAGCAGCAACACUACCCCUGGAGAAGGCGUGUCUGACAGCGUGCUGGCGCUGUGCCCUUUGUAAGAACAAACAGCGAUGUCGUCUGUGGCCUCGCUUAGCAGAGGCAUGAGGAAAGCUUUAGAAACCCUCUCAGGGUGAUGUGUUUCUUCAGUAAAUUACUGAUGCCGUGACAGACUGCUGUUUCUAGUGUGAAAAAAUGCCCAGACUAAGGAGUGCUCUUGUACUACAUAGUUUUUGCUUUCUCCACAGUACUUACAUAUUUGUUACAGAUGUCUUGAUGCGCUCAACACUAGUAAGGAUUACAAUCUGGUGCAAAGCACCCGAUGGCAUUUGAUGGUUGUAGUUUAUCUCAUUGGCUUAAGAACUCCCUGUAAUGAAACAGAGGCUUUGUAACACGUCGGAAUUUAAAUCCUUGGCUUUCGUUCAGAGAACCAGGAUGAAACGGAAUUGAAGCAAGUUUAUCUGCAGUUAUUGACAAACCUUUGCUGUCUAAUCCUAAACUAGUUGGCAUGACUAAUAACCUGUACAUUAGGCAACACCUUACUGAAACGUGCUUGCGUGUUCUAAACCAAGAUUUAAGAGUAUUGUAACAAAUCUACGUCAAAUGACUGUGUCGUUUCUGUCACUAGCCAGCAGUAGUCCCCUCACUUUUCAGCAACAGGAAACCAAAUCAACGUUGGCUAGAAAGACAAGGGAGUGAGGGUAGCAAGGCUACUGAAUGUGUACUUCCAGGUUAGCCGGUGGAACAGAUACCUCAGUGCUGAGGAGAAGGAAGAAGAGGGUAUCUAGUGCACCUGCGUAGCUCUGUGGCGAUGCAUGCAUAGGAGGUACGGCUUUGAUAGCAAUGGAUGAUGAAAACAAAAGGCAGUUCACCACAGUGUGCCCAUAAUUACAUUUGAGGGAGGAAUGCCCAAGUGUCUUCUGGGUCUGUGAGGUCCUUCCAGAAUCAGAGUGCAUUACGCUCAGUAGAUUGGGAUGUCAGUUUUACUAAAUUUUAUAGAAGAAUUUUCUAAAUGUAAAAAUUAUCUUUAGUUUGAAAACAUUGUAACCUUUGUAACACUGGCUCAUGUUGCUUGACAACUCUCCAUUUGGAUAUUCUGUAUGACCAAACAAAAGGGCGCUGUGGGAUUUCAUAGAAUCACUAGGUUGGAAGGGACCCACUGGGUCAUCAAGUCCAACCAAUUUGUUAGCUGAAGGUUUAUCUGUUGAUCUUGUAGCCCUUUCAGCUAAAGGCAUUGGUGUCACAGCUUGGUAUGUGAUGCAUGGGUCAUGUUUCUGUUAAAGUGUACUGAGUUCGAUGGUCAACUGUAGGGAUACUACAGGUCUAUUCAUGUACUAAGUAUUUUCCAUUCUUUCAUUUUAAUUUAUUUUCUCCAAUUCUAUAUGUAGCUCUUAACUUCAGCUCCGUGGUAAACUGAUUUUCUUGUGAGUCAAGCAAGCAGCAAUGUUUUUGUUUGGUUGGUUUGGUUUUUCUUUUGUAGGGAAAGCAGAUACCUGCUACGCCAUCUGAUUUAACGUAUAUAAUUGGUCCAGCAGAUUUAUAUCCUCUCAUCAAGACAAUAGGCAGCACAAUGUCUCUCCUUACAAAUGAGACUGGUUGUGCAUCCUAGCUUCUUGAGAACGUGUGUUGUAACAGUCAUGGUACUUUUUCUACCAUUGGAAUGCACUUCAGGACGUUCAGCCAUUCGGCCUGCUGGACUGGUUAACUGCUGGACUCUGACUUCUCCAGGUUACACUGAGGUGCUAACACGCUUAAUUUUAAUAAAGUAUAUUUUGUUUU